AAAUCGUUUCACUUUUGAUCAAGUUAUGAAUAGCUUAACUACUCUAGAAUUGGUAAGAUUCAUUGUUAAAAGAGUUGGGAACUCGACGACCCAGAACCUGUCGAACUCAUUGUAGCGUAUUAGAGAGUCGCGCAAGCUCUAGCUGAGUACUUUUGUUGUGCCCAUAAUUGUUGUUGCAAGGCGAUAACGGUGACACAGACGACGACGGCGGUGAGAGAAUCUUAUUGCAUUUUUGAGCAAGAAAGCGACGACAAUCAAAGCUCGAGUUGAGCGUUGGAUCAGCUGGAGAACAGAGAACGGAGAACGGAUAACGCGAGCAGUGAGCAGUGAGCAGCGAGCGUGGAGUGGCUAGCGUUGAUAGUUGAUCGUUGAUCAUCUCGAGUUGUUAAUUGUUGCGCUUUGUGACCGUGCUAAAUGUUUCGCUUUGUGGCCCGGGCUUAGGCAUGUCGACAUCAGCUGCCGCCACCAGUUGUUGAGCAACUGCAGAACAUAGACCGACACAGUUAUUCUAUAUAUACAAACAUAUGUAUAUAAAGUCUAACAAACGAGCUCUUCUUUAAACUCUAUCUUUGACUUUCACGCCACUCCAGUGUAUUCACAAUUGUAUUGAUAAAGUAAGUCAGCGGUGCACUGCAGUUUAGCGGCUGCGUUAACUGGAACAACAUGAACAAAUUGCGAACUCUGCUGCCGGGGCAGCAUGCCAAAGACGCUGCUCGCAAUUCGGUCGCCCUGGAGCCGGAGAUUGGCUUCCAGAUCACCAUCGAGACACAUGACCCCAAGGAGGGCAGCGAGCAGAGCUUUGCCGCGUCUAACGGUUCGUCGGGAAUGCCCGAGUUGAACGUGCACCUGAUUGCGGCGCGACACCUGCCCUCCCUCUUCGGCUUCAAGAUCGUGCAGGGCUAUCUAAUAAAGGUAAAACUGUUUCCCGGCACAAAGCGCUUGGACAGCAGCAUUCAGACCAACACAUGGCCCAAGUUCAACGAAAACUUCAAGUUUCCCUUAGUGCCAGAUAUUAAACCAUCCCUGAAGCAUGGAUCCGCCUUCUCCUCCAGACGCCAGGUGCAGAGACGCACAAGUGGCGACAUUUCCGCACCUGAUGAACUUUUUGCCGGCCAAUUUGUGGUGUUUACUGUAUAUGCUCUGCUGGAGCUGCCUGCCGCCAGUUUCAAUCGAUUCAACAAGACCUAUCGUUCCCUAAAAGAUAAGAGCUCUACCUUCGUGCAGCGCCUCUCCUCGGGUGAAACCCAGACUGAAAAUGGAGCAGCGCAAAAGAACGGAAAGAGCAAGAAGACCACAGAGAGUCCCAGGGAUGCCAUGCCGCCCCUAACAAUUAGUGAAUCACGUCGAAAUAUAGGUUCCGUCACUUGCUAUCUGGAGCCAAAGCUGUUCAAGCGCAAUUCUCGCACCGGCUGCUAUGCGACUGAGGAGCUCUGGCUGCCCAUUAAAGAUAUAACCACAACGGUCUCAAAGACAACGCCCAGCAACAACAACAACAACAAUAGCAGCAGCAGCAGCAGCAACAACCUCACGAAUGCGCCAAAGGGCGUGGUGGAGUUGGCGCUGGAGGUGCGCGAUCUCAGCGAGAGCGACUCAACGGGCCCAGCGCAGGCCGCGGAGACGAAGGACAUUCCCGUUGCAGCGGCACCAGGUGCCAACAAUUGGCAGCGCAUGAGAGCCGAGGUGAAGCGCAAGAUGGGCAUUAGCAAUGUGGCAAAUGGUGUGGGUGGUCCGCUCAUGCUGCGGGUAACAACGGCGCGCAUGCGCUGCUCCAACAAGGUCAAGGACGAGCUGGAGGCAACGGCCAGCGGCGGUGUCUAUGUGAAGACCACUGUGUUCGAGCAUGGCAUCUAUGUGGAUGCCUGGAAGUCGCCCGUAUUCUUUCCGUCACUAUCCACCAAAUGGGACGGCUCCGGCGGGGAUGAGGCGACAAUUUGUGUGCCGCUGCGUAGCGUGGACCAGCUGGAGAACAUUGUGAUACGCAUUACGCUGGCCACGAAGCUGAAAAUGGCCAAGAAACUGGUGUUGGGCACGGUUCUAGUCAGCGGCGCAGACAAUGCCUCCGAAUCGGGCAUGGAGCAACUGCGUCUGCUGAGCGAUUCCCCACUCAACGAGCGCGUGGCCACGUGGCACUGCUAUCACUAGCUAAGCUACCCAAUUUUAAGACUAGUUCCA